AUGAACGAAUCCUUGCACGUCCAUGAUCACGUGCAUGGGAUGGCAUCGCUUGUCCGGUCGAGCUUUGGGCCGAUGGGGGCGGAAAAGCUGCUCUUCUGUCCACCAGAGCCGCCGAUUCUGACGUCCUCAGGAUACACGAUACUCCAUUACGCCGACAUGACCAAGUCACACACUGCCCAUCCGAUGAAGACGUAUCUCAUGCAAAAAGUUCGUGCUGUAUACAGCGACAUGGGCGACGGUGUCGUUCAGUACUUGCUCCUUCUUGACCUCGUCUUGCAACGGAUUGAACCAUCGCGCGUGUGGUCGGCGACAUUUGCUGCUGCCAAGACUGCGAUCGCGCCAGCAUUCUACGCAACGUUCGAUGGCUUGUCGAUCCGAACUACUGUUACGUUUGACAGCCACACGCGACAACCUUCGCCUUCGCUCGUCGCCGCCACCAGGGCCAUUGUAACAACCUCUCUCGCAGGCCUCUUCAACUCCACCUCAACUGCCUAUCUUGCGGACUUGACGGUGGACUGGGUGUUCAAAUCAGUGAUCGCUUCCAUCAACCACGCGCUUCCAGCGACUCCAGCUGCCUUGUAUGUCUACCUGGAACAUAUUCUGCGACACGCGAAUGACUCUUUGCUGUCGCUCCCGUUUGCAGCGCUGGAUGCGUCCCGCAUCACACGUAGACACGAGUACCUCCUUCGGCUCGCUUCGCAUACCAAUGUCACCCUUCGCGACGAGAAGCUGUCGUCCGGUCAGCGCAUCGUCCUCUUUGUUGGCAGCUUGGAGCAGCUGGGCUCCGACGCGAGCAGCGUCGAGUUGCAAGUGUUGUCAGCGCAGUCGUACCUGUCGUCGAUUCAGUUUUGUGCCCAACGUGUGGCGGAAUUUUUGACAGCGUUGAAGGUGCACCACCACGUGAACCUACUUCUCUGCACCGAGUGCACACCCGAUCACGUCGUUGCAAGUUGCCGCCAUCUUGGCAUUGUCUGCAUUCCGUUUGUCGACAAAGCUGACAUGCAUGCUUUGGCCUCUCGCACGGGGAUUUCGUGGUUCACGAGUGUGUUUGAGCCGAUCAACGAGUCUCUCCACGUCGCCAUCAACACAGCUCCUCUGCGCUGCAUUCGCGCGGGCGGCGCGCGUAUGAUAGUGCCCCAGGUCUUGCUCCGAGCCCAGUCCAAGGGACUGUGCAAACAGUACUACUACGCUAUCAAGAAAGGGCUUCGCGUCCUGCGGUUUUGGUGCAGUAGCUCCGCCGCUUCCUCUUCCAUGACGACACAAAAUGCACACUUGCAGGGAGCUUGCCAUUGCUUGACCAGCCUUGGAGGAGCCCAAGCCGCUGAGGUCGCGUUUGCCCACACAUUAAUGCAAGCGACUUCGACUACGUCGACCAUCCCGAUGGAGGCCCGAGUGCUGCUGGCGCAAGCACUUGUUGGCGUACACAAUCUGCUUCGAGACAACUUGUCCGCGACAGGAGCCCUGCCGCAGUCCACAAUACAUCCCCUCCUCAUGCACCGAGUCGACGUUUCCACGUGCGAAGGCAAUCAUUCAUUUGAGCAAAAACCAGCGACGUCGGUCGACAACGAAUUCAAAGGAGUCGUGCUUGAUGUGACCGCCAAAAUACGCACCCUUGCAGGACAGGUCGACGGAUGCCAGGUGAAGGAAGCGCGACCUGACGACUUUGGCAUCGUUCAUCCGUUGAACCAUUGCUGCCGAUUGCUGGAGCAUGUCCUGGGAACGCUGGAGGAGGUGUGCCGCCUCGAUGGGCAUUUUCUCCGAGCGCCAAAGCAGACCAAAACCGAUGACACGUGA